UAACUGGAGUUGACUCUAAAUGUGAUUCCUGUGGGUUGACUGCUGUAAGCCUUAUUCACGCAAAGCUGCAUUUUUUUUUGCAAGGGACUGACUUUUUUUCAACCAAGUCAUAUCGCCUGUCAAGAAUUUUCAUGUGACUCUUGGAAAGCUGCUGCAGUCUUCCCUAUUUGCUAUUCAGUCCUGUUUUCUUCUCCCUUUAGCAGUUUCUUUUUUGAACAGCAAACGGAGGGAACUGCUCGCAUUGCUGCUGCCGCUGCCACUGCCGCUGCCCCAGCCGCGUGUGUGUGUGUGUAAACAGGAUGGUGUAUCUGUAGCCGCCACGCGCAAACACACAUUUGACCAUGAGGACUCUUCGCAGGUUGAAGUUCAUGAGUUCGCCCAGCCUCAGUGAUCUGGGCAAGAGAGAGCAGGCAGCCUUGGAUGAGCGGGGGACCCAGCAGCGACGGGCCUGCUCCAACGCUACCUGGAACAGUAUCCACAAUGGAGUAAUAGCAGUGUUCCAGCGUAAGGGUCUCCCGGACCAUGAACUUUACAACCUCAAUGAAGGAGUCAGGCAAUUAUUGAAAACAGAACUGGGAUCCUUUUUCACUGAAUAUCUUCAG